AUGUCGGACAACCUGAUCAGUAAGCUUGUUAAUGAGUUGCAAAAACUUGCUCUCCCAACCGCCAGCGAUCCACCGCCAGCCAAGCCCAGUCGUUCGGGAAAUUUCGACCGGUGUGCCUCUCGCAUGGAGAACUACCUAAGGGGGAUUGGUGCCAAGAGCCACGGCUCAGUUAUUCUCGCCCAGCUCGAUGAUGACGUGUACAACCUGGCUCGGGCAGCUGGCGUGUCUUCCACUAUGACCAGCACCGAAAUCCUUCAGAAAUUGCGGCAACUCCUUUGUGGCACAACGCCCUCCUGGCUGGAAUGGUCUGAGUUUCGCCGCCAAACACAAGAGCCCCUCGAAGGUGUGCUCGAAUCCCGACAGGCCCUCCGUCUCCUUGGACGAUGA